CCGGGCUACGGGAGUGGAGGCCUGUCCUCGUGUUCCGUUCUGCCAUUUCUUCUGCUUGCCAGCUCUUUUAUGGUUAUGGCGGUCCGGGCGAGCUUCGAGAACAACAACGAGAUCGGCUGUUUCGCGAAGCUCACCAACGCCUACUGUCUGGUGGCCAUUGGAGGCUCCGAGGGCUUCUACAGUGUCUUCGAAGGGGAGCUUUCUGACACCAUUCCUGUAAUUCAUGCUUCUAUUGCUGGAUGUCGCAUCAUUGGCAGAAUGUGUGUGGGUAACAGGCAUGGGUUAUUAGUCCCAAACAAUACUACAGACCAGGAACUUCAGCAUAUCCGAAACUGCCUUCCUGACUCAGUGCGAAUCCAGAGGGUGGAAGAACGUCUUUCUGCUUUGGGCAAUGUCACUGCAUGCAACGACUACGUAGCACUUGCCCACCCAGACAUUGACAGAGAGACAGAAGAGAUUCUAGCUGAUGUACUAAAAGUGGAAGUAUUCAGACAGACAAUAGCAGACCAGGCACUUGUGGGAAGUUACUGUGCGUUCAGCAACCAAGGAGGAUUGGUACACCCUAAGACCUCUAUAGAAGACCAGGAUGAGCUUUCCUCAUUGUUACAAGUACCCCUUGUGGCUGGAACUGUUAAUCGUGGCAGUGAGGUAAUUGCGGCUGGAAUGGUUGUGAAUGACUGGUGUGCCUUCUGUGGCCUGGACACAACCAGCACAGAAUUAUCUGUUAUUGAGAGUGUCUUCAAACUCAAUGAAGCACAGCCAAGUACCAUUGCUACUACUAUGAGAGAUUCUUUGGUUGACAGCUUGACAUAAUAUGCUCCUUGCCUGCAGAAACACUGCAGGAAUGAAAUGCCAGAUUCUGAUCUUGACUGCUCACUGAAGUAAAUCCUCUGUUUAGUGUCCCUCCAGUCUAAGAAGGAGAUCUCUACCACAAUCACUUUUUCAAAACUAUAUUAUUCUAAACUCUCUUUGGCAAGCAAGGUUUGAAUAAGAAAAAAAAAUCAUUAUGUCCCUUUAUUUUGUUAAUGUGUUCUUUUGCUUUCAUUUAUUCAUGAGAUGAUGUUUAGAACUUAUUACGUGCAAUAAUGAAUUAAGCAAAAAAAAUUUUUUUUUCACACUAUUCACCAGAAUGCUGCCUGAAGAAUGCUAUCUUUUCUGUUCAAAAGUGAUUGGUGUUUGUGUUGUUUCAGUCUGGAACUUUUCAAGAUAGCUUUCACAUAGCCAGUAAGACCAGAUUAACAUAGCUAGAUCCUCAUGUUAACUAUCAUGGAUCAUUCUAUAUCCAGAAAAUAAUUUAAGGGGCUGAAAGAAACUAUGGAACAUUUCAGUAAAGCCAAGUAUUCAAUAAAGAAUUUAUGUUUUCUAGGAGGGGAAUGGUCAUGGAAUCUUGUUUGUCCAUAUGUGAAGUCACUGAAAAGCCAAAGAGUAUUUGUUGUUUAAUGGAAAGUCUUUUUCUGUCAGAGGAAAUAAUAGACUUAAAUUGAAAGGUAUUUUUUCUGAUAGUUGCCUUCAUGCUUAUCUUUUAAUAUCAGGAUAUAUUGCUCCUAUGUCUUAAAGCCACAGUUACAAUGUUUGUUGUGCACAAAAAUAGGAGUUCUUGCAGUUAGUUUAUUUGGAAUUGGGGAGAUUUUAUGAUAGCAACACAGUCAAGUUAAAGCUUUAAUAAACUUUAAUCCUUGAAAUAAUUGGUAUAGACUUUGAGUUAGACUUGAAAUAGCAAGAGCUGUAUCAAAUUGAAGUCUGGGUAGGUUUCAUUGUACGUAACCCUGGGAAUGUCUGCACUUUUAAGUGGGAAUAUAUAGGGUCAGACAUUAUUUCUAUCAUUUGGCACUUGUGGAAUAUACAUAGAAAGCUAUGCCAGUAAACUGAGAAGUUGAUAUUUUUGUUAUGGUAGUAAACAGAAAUAAACUUCAUUGCAGUAAAUACAGUGAACUUGCAUCUUAGAAACUGACAGAUUUCCUGGACCAUUAAUGAGAUAAUCAGCCUUCCAAUGGAUUUUAAAGAGUUUAAUGAUGUGGUACAGACAGACAUUUAUUUUAGAAUGAAUUAGACAAAAUUGUAGCCCUUUGGAAAAGAUAACAGAUACUUUCAAUAAAUGUAUUGGUCUUUGAUCUCAUGAGUAUUUGAUUUGUAUUACAGCAGGGGUGCACAACUUUUUUUUGACUCAACAGCUGAAUCUGGUUUGUGUGACAUGCCAAGGUGCAUAUUCUUAUUGAGUUCAGGCUUCCAUUGUUCAAGGUGGUUUUUUUUCUCCAGUGUUUUUAAUGGUGCCCUAAACCUCUGCAAGUCUUAAAGCAUCCAUUUUGUUCCCUCAGUCCCUCUCCAUAAAAAUAAGAUAGGCUAAGUACUUGGCCCAUCCACUCUGGGUGCUUGUGAAAGGGGUAAUGGCAGUACUUUUGCCAAUCAACUUAGAUGCUGUAUUAUAGUAUAGCUGUGGUUAUACCACAUAAUCAGAUUAGGAACUAAUCAAGCUAUUGUACCAAACUUUAAUCUGGGCCCAAAAACUAAUAAUACAAGGGAAAAUAAUACAAGAUCAUUGAUAGAAUAAUAUUGAAGAAAAGUUUAGCUGCUAGUUCAGGACAUAUAUGCAAGGAGGCCUUUUCAUAUCAGUGCUGAAGUCAGAAAAUGCCUGUUAAAUCCUACUUGAUCCAAAGGAGACAAAUGCUGAAACAAUCUAAACAGAGUUCAUACUAUAAACCAAGCAUGAGCAUAGUACACAGAGUAUUACUUUAUUUGAUGUAAGGCUUCAGACUAAGUGUAUCCAUUUCUAGAAAUUACAGCAAUAGUUCUCAACACACCUGGAUUCUGAAAGUGGGAGAUGUGACCUCUCAGUGCUAUCCUAGCCACCAUGAAAACACUUGAUAACACUACUCCCAAUAUCAAAGGAGAGAGAGGAAGUACAGACCCUUGAUCUCCAAGCAAUAUCAGAUCAGCAUAAAUUUGCAUUAACCAACAGUGUAGUUUAAUAGCUUUGCAUUAAACCCAAUGGGAGGAUUUAAAAAAAAAAAUCAAGCUGAGAAAGGAGGAAAACAACAGAAACACAGUUCUAGUAACCCUACUAGUUUGAGCCUGGUGAACUUUGGAAUCUUUGGCUUCUCAGUGACCAAAUUCAAUCCCACCCACUUUAUAAAUUGUUUAAAGAAAUAACAGUUAAGCUGGUUCUUAAUUUUCUAUGAAGAAUUUUCUAUGGUUUUUUCUAAGUCUCAACUGGCUUAAUUCCAAAGUAGAAGCUAUGUUUAGAUCAGUUCAUUCAAGUCUAGAAAUGUAUUGAAAGAUUGCUUGAUAACAUGUGGGUACAGUAAGAUCAUUAUAAACAAUCAAGCAUAAAACCAAGAUUCACAUUUGCAACAUAAAUAGAUGUUACUCUGCCCAAAUCUUUAAAAGGUCUUUGCAACAGUGCAGUUAAGUGGCUUAAAACCUUGACUGUUAGGACUGAAAAUGCAUAUGUGCUAUCAACUUGUCUUUCACUGUCAUAUUGUGCAUGAGUUGAUGAUGUGCUCAUAGCUCAUUUUGGUACAUAAUAUUAAUAGCACAGUACUACCACAUCCAUUCUAUACUGCAUUUCAUGUUGAAUGCACAAAAAGUUUAUUGUAGCCCAUGGCUAAAAGUCAACAUGCUCUAAAAACCAUGGAUUCUGAGAUGCCUUUUAAUCUGUAUCAUUAAAGAAGUGCUUUACAAUCCUAUA